UCUUUAAACUAAUCAUGUUUAUAAUUAUAUAAUAAUGAACCGGUUACCUGUGAGAGAUGCUGAGCUGCAUAAAACAUCAAUAACAAUUUUAAACGUAAACAGCUGUCAUCAAACUCUUAAGCAUGUUGACUCUCCUCUCAGCAUAUAAAUGAGCUAUACAAAUACACUGGUUACUUAUCUGUUCUCUUAAACUCAACAAACACUUACAGCCAUAUUGUAAGAGCGUAUUAGUCAAAUGUGGCUAAAAAGAAAAUGUCGAAAAAGUAAAAGUCAACACCACGCGCCACAGAUUAAAGAAUUUCUACAUGCGCGUACAUAUCUAUGUUGUACUUUCUUUCCUAUUCUCAACUGCCGAUAAAGACGAGACGAUUUAACGAGAAGAGUGACAUUGCAGCUCGCUCCGAAGUGCUCGCAUCUGUGUAAUCUUCUAUUCACGACUUCUAUAAUCAAAGCAGUGCUGCUUGUAGUGUGUGCUGGCAGAGCGUUUGGACAACGAUCGGCGCAACGAGCAUAAAUUGCGCUGAUGUCCAACGGUGACGAGCAGUUUCCAACAAGCAGUAAGCCGGUGAAUGACGAACUAAUAAGCGCGCAUCGUUCAAAUAUAAUCUGUGGAGAUCUACAAUACUAGGAGGAAAGAAAAACAAAAUAUAUACUUACGUGGUGAUCGUAGAAAACCAAGAGAGUUGAAGAAAUUACUGAAAAAGGAAACAGCAAAUAGCUCAAAGAAUUUACUGGAAAUUUUUCAAACGUGGAGUCUAGUCGAACGUGGAGCUGUAGCGACGUGGAGCUGUAGAAAAAGACAUUCAUAAAUAUAUUGGACUAAUACAAAGAUCAUUGCUAAACAAAAAAGAAAAAACAAAUAAACUGCUAAACAACAAAUACAAAAAACUUGAGACACUUGUUUUUAAUUUAACAUUUUUUUGUAUAAAUAAAAGAAAAGCAAAGACAGUUAAAUAACCAAUUAAGUGAAAUCUCAAAACAAACUCAAGCAGACAGAGAUAACAAACAUUUUGUAUAUACUUUUUGUGUCAACGCAAGACGUAUUAGAAAAGAGUUACAUACGCAGAUCGGCGACUUUGCGCUAUCAAACAACAAGUGUACAAUAAAACUAAACUACACCAACAACACCAGCAAAAAUGACAGGUUUCAAUUUGAACGGCACGAGUCUGCUGAAAACCAAAGCCCUCAAUGGCAACAACAACGGCGACACGAAUGGCCGGAACAAUUACAUUGCCGAGGAAUGUCCUAAUGAUGCUGCCGGCUCGACGUCCGCCAACAAUAACAAUAACAACAAUCAGCAGAAUACCUUGGAUGAAGUCGAAGUCGAAAAUCGCAUUAAGAUGGUUAUAAAUGAAGAAAACUAUUCAUACGAGCUGAUCAAGGAGAUCGCUGAUUACUUUCUGGAGCGCAUCAGCAUUCGGCCCGUCAUCGGCAUUAUUUGCGGUUCGGGUUUGAAUUCACUAGCCGAUCAUAUUACCGGCACAGAAGCCUUCGAAUACAAGGACAUACCGAACUUCCCCGUCUCGACGGUAGAGGGUCAUGUCGGCCGCAUGAUCUUUGGCUAUUUGGAGGGUAUGCCCGUCGUUGCCAUGCAGGGUCGCUUCCACUACUAUGAAGGCUAUCCGUUGGCGAAAUGUUCCAUGCCUGUGCGUGUAUUGAAAUUGGUCGGUAUUAAGUAUCUAUUCGCCACAAAUGCUGCGGGCGGUCUCAACCCGAAAUACAAAGUCGGUGACAUCGUGAUCGUGCGUGAUCACAUUAAUAUUAUGGGCUUUGCUGGCAAUUCACCGUUGCAAGGACCCAACGAUCCACGCUUUGGCACCCGCUUCCCACCCAUGACGAACGCUUACGAUCGUCAUUUGGUGCGCAAGGCGCGUAAAGUGGUGCGUGAGAUGGGCAUUGAGAAUGACGUGCAUGAAGGUGUCUACACAUGUUUGGGUGGUCCCAAUUACGAGACUGUGGCCGAGUUGAAAAUGUUGCGCAUUAUGGGCGUGGAUGCAGUGGGCAUGUCCACGGUGCACGAAGUAAUCACAGCCAGGCAUUGCGAUCUCACUGUGUUCGCUUUCAGUUUGAUCACGAAUAAGUGCGCUUUCGACUAUGACAGCAGUGAGGAGGAUGCCAAUCACGAGGAAGUUGUAAUGGUCGGCAAAUCGCGGCAAAGCAUUUGUGGUGAAUUAAUGUGUCGAAUGGUACGCGAGUUGGCCGAGGAGACACAGCAGAAGAAUGGCAAGAAAUAAGCGCUGCAAUUGAGGGAAUCGUACCAAAAAUAUCUUAGUUUGUAAUAAUAGUAUAGCUUGCUACGUAGUUACAUAUAAAGAAAAACAAAAAAGACAUAAAUAGAGUGUAACGACAAACGUUGGUGUGUGAGUGAGAUAGCGAGUGUUCGUAUUUACUCUAGUUACGCACCUAUCUCAUACACAAACCACUGACAGUUGAUAACUAUAGACGCGUAUUAUGAGGUAACACUUAAACAAUAUAAGAUUACUUUGUAGAUUUGCAUUAGAUUUGUAGUUGUCUUAUUAUGUUUUGCGUUAGCUCUGUUUGAUUCUUUUAUGUAUGUUUGUAGACAUUUUUAUACAUAAUAUUAUUAACAUUAUGAUAUUUUUACGCGUUCGACUUUGAGUCAUCUACUACUUUUUGCAUUUAAUAUUUUAGUUUUUAUUGCAUAACGACAGUCCAAGUCGCGCAGUAAGCCAGUGAAUAUGUAUCCCUAUAGAGUAUAUGCGAGUUCAAUACUAAUGCAUUGUUUAGUGUAUUAUAACAUAUAAUACUGAUUUAUUAUUUUUAAGUGUAAAGUAUACAUGUGUUGUACUUUUAGCAUUUACGUAUUUACUAUAAUUGUAUUCAACAUUAUUUAUUAGAAUGUACUUCACUUUUUUAGAAAUAUAAAUAUGCACAAUAAUAAGCAUAUUGAUUGACGUAUUGAAACAUUAAUGUAUUUUCGAUUAAAUAAUAAAACUAGUACAUAUAUUGAGCACA